CAGACGGACGAGAAAGACGAAGAGAGAGAAGGAAUGAAAGGAAAGAGGCGGCGGAGGGGAGGAGAAGCCCGGACAGACGGCAGGAGCUGGAACAAGAAGUGGAAUAAAGAGGGAGGAAAGUAGGGGAAGGCUGGAAGCCCGGGGAGGAAAAGGAGCAGGGGAGUCGCUGGGAGGAGGGGAGGUCGUAAAAACCUCCACAGCUGUGAGCAACACUCAUGACAGGACUCACAUGCUGCAGCCAACGACACCGACAGACACACAAAGCAGCAGCGGCAGUGGAGGAGAGGCAGGGCAGCGAUGGGCAGGAGGCAUGGAGGCUCCCAUUGACUUGUACAGACACUUCUCCUGGCUCAGGAAGGCAAGUCGCUGCUACAAGUACUACCACGAGUACAGCAAGUACUACAAGUACAGCAAAUACCACAACUAUAGCACCUACUGCAACAACAACAACAACGGCUACAACCGUAACAAAUACAACAACGGCUACACAACAACAAUUACUGCUACCACGACUACAACAAGUACAAUAACUAUAAAAAGUACAACCGCCACGACUACAACUACUACAACCAGUACGACGACAGUUACGACAACUAUUACAGCUAGUACAGCAAAUACGACAACAAGUACAACAACUACUACAGCAAGUUCAACAACUGCGACAUGACGACAAUAACCGCUACAACUAGUAC